AUGUCGGCCACAAGACAGAGCGAGAGGCCUACCCCGCAAAGUACACCCCACGCUUCCGACGUCAAUACCCGCAAGAAGGUUCAUAACCCAACUACCGUAAAACGCUGUAAACCGUGGGACCAACUGGGGGGGCGAAGAGCGGUUCGACACCCAGCCAGCCGAUACCGCGGUGCGACGAGAUGCACAACGAGACCCCAGCGAGCAACCCAGCAAAGGUCACAACUACAGCCGGAAAAGUGGAAAGGGACUCCUGCAAAAGCAAUCGAGGAACCGACCUACCUGCCAGUGCCUAGGAGCUUUGCCAUGCAGGACUACCACUCACUCCUGGACUGUACCCAGUACCCGAUAGGCAUUGGCUGA